AUGGUAAUCAACACUACUCGAAAGCACUUUGCACGCUUGAAAAAGAAGAAAAAAUGGGCAGCUGUCAUCGCUAUCGCACUUGCUGCUGCUUCCAUUACUCAACAUCAUUAUGCUGCUCGCUAUGACAAAACUCCCAAAAAUACUUCCAAGCUCACUGGCCAACAAUGGUUGAAUGAGCUUCUGGCUGGCCAUCCUCAGCAUUUUUACGAUGCAAUGGGAAUGAAUAAACAUGUAUUCCAGGCCCUUCUCCAUGAGCUAAUCAACCAUGGCCUUCAUGACACAAGACAUGUUUCGGCUGAAGAGCAGCUCAGAAUAUUCCUGUAUCUGGCCUACCCCAGCAUCAUCUUGAAGAACAAUUUCAGCGCAGUCUGA